AUGGACAAGUUUCGGAUGAUCUUCCAGUUCCUGCAGUCCAACCAGGAGUCCUUCAUGAACGGCAUCUGUGGGAUCAUGGCCCUCGCCAGCGCCCAGAUGUACUCAGCCUUUGAUUUCAACUGCCCGUGCCUGCCGCACUACAACCUGGCCUACGGGCUGGGCAUUCUCCUGGUGCCCCCUCUCAUCUUGUUCCUCCUGGGCUUCGUGCUGAACAACAACAUCUCCAUGCUGGCGGAGGAGUGGAGGCGACCCCAGGGCCAGCGAGGGAAGGAUCCGGCCGUCCUGCGCUACAUGUUCUGCUCCAUGGCGCAGCGGGCCAUGAUCGCCCCGGUAGUCUGGGUCUCGGUGACGCUGCUGGACGGCAAGUGCAUCACCUGCGCCUUCUGCACCUCGGUGCCAGUGGGGGCUCUGGGCAACGCCAGCCACCCCGGCCUCUCCCAGAGGGAGAUGAAGCAAGUCCUUGCCCGCAUCCCCUGCAAGGAGAUCUACAAUGGGCAGGAGCUCAUCGCCAAUGAAGUGGCCAUCAGGUACCUGAAUUGCAUCUCACAGGCUCUGGGCUGGUGCUUUGUGCUGCUGAUGACCACGCUGGCUUUCUUGGUCAGAUCCCUCCGGCCCUGCUUCACCCAAGCUGCCUUCUUGAAGAGCAGGUACUGGUGCCACUACAUUGACAUCGAGCGCAAGCUCUUUGACGAGACAUGUGCGGAGCACGCCAGGAGCUUUGCCAAGGUCUGCAUCCAGCAGUUCUUCGAGGGCAUGAGCACCGACCUGGCAGCUGCUCGCUGCCACCCACCCAGGAAAGCCCCAGCUGAUGUGGGGGAAGCCGCCAAGAAGCUCCUGGGCAUCACUGACCGCGGCACCAUGAACACGGCCCUGAAGAGCUGGCACAGAUGCAAGCCCCCGCUGCACCUCCACCCGCCCAUCCUCCCCAGUGGCAAUGGCUGGGCAGGGGAAGGACAGCCCCCUACGCAACCCCCUGCACCCCGAAGGGAGAUGGCUGCCUACUACAGCCGGGUGUGA